GGUGAGAGGCCGAUGGCGGCGGGUGCUGGUGUGGAAGAUGAGGCUGAGUGAGAGCGGGACAAGAUCCUUCCAGGCUGCUGUCACGGUCCACAAAUACCCGGGCAGGCAGGUCUAUGUGUUUCCUGAUGGCCCAUCCGACUCGGAGGAGUCCUCGGAGGAGGAGGAGCUCAACGUCAUGGAAUUGCGGCCCAGGGGGAAGGAGCAGCAGCGGGGCAGCACUUCCCGGGACAGGCCUGGAGACGUGGUGCUCCUGGAGCGGGAGCUCACGGAGGGUGACAGCCUGAACAAGCUGGCCCUGCAGUACGGCUGUAAAGUCGCCGACAUCAAACGGGUCAACAACUUCAUCCGGGAGCAGGACCUGUACGCGCUGAAGUCCAUCAAGAUCCCGGUGAAGGCGCACGGGCUGCUCACGGAGAGCAGGCGGGAGCUGCGGCCGCUCCCUCCGGCCCAGCCCGGGCUGACCCGCGUGGAGCUGCCGGAGCCCGACCCCGGCACGGGCGGAUCCACCACGGCCAACCUCAGCGACUACUUCAGGGACAUCGACCAGAGCAUCCAGGACGCCGUGCAGGUGGAGGUGCAGCUGAGCACAGACUACUGUGGGGAGCCACUGGAGAGGCCUCUGCCCGAGCCAGGGAAGCGGGACACCGGGAACGGUGCGGACUGCGGGAUCCAGUGGUGGAACGCCGUGUUUAUCAUGCUCCUGAUAGGAAUUGUGCUGCCAGUAUUUUAUAUCAUCUAUUUUAAAACACAAGGCCUGGUGGCCCACACCUCCAACACAACAGUAACCUCAAAUGUUUCAACAGCUGGAUUGGAAGGGAAAUUACCACAAAGCUCAGUGGUAGGAAAAAAGUCCUAAAGGGAAACGGGAGAUCCCUCCAGCCUCUCCAGCAGUGGUGCCCACACUCUCGUGACUGACCCAAGUGCAUCUAAGGGGAUAUAAUGAUACAGAUAAUUUUUAUUUUUAUAAGUAGCUGAUGAUGGAAUCCUGAACUUGACUGAAAGUGAGGUGAUGUGAUUGUGAUGGAAAAAUAAGGAUGAUUUGUUGCUUAUGAAGGUCACUGAGCAGGUGGGUUAAGUGUGGGGAACUGUUGAGGGAAGGUACUUUGUAGCAAUUUAUUGUGAUUGCUUCAGGUAUUUCUUAAUGCCAUGUCUGGAAGCAAAUCCUUUGCUGCUGAGCUAGAGAGUGCAGUAUUAAUGUGCUUGGAAAGUUGGGGGUUGUUUGCAUUUUAAAGAAACACUUUUUGCUGGAGCAGAAGGGGGGGCUCUUUCGCUCAGAGCUGUCAUUUUUAUCUCUUGCAGACCACGGUGGUUUAGGCUUAACCCUAAACUGAUGGCUCUAAGCUGGGUGUGCCAGCCCCUCAUCAUCCUCCUCCUGAGCAAACCUUUGAGCUGGGUUUAUUAGGUUGAUGUCAGGCCCGUCCCCUGGAUGAGCCCAGACCUCUCCCCUCCAUGAAAUCCUGCAGAGAUGGGAUCUCGGUGCCGGAUCCGCGCUGUCCCCAGGGUGCAGCUGGAGCCAGCCCUGCCACUGCAGGUGGGCAGAGGGUGUUGGAGGAGGAUGUGAGAGCUGGGAGAGGAGUUGUACACUCCUCUCAAGGGCUCUUUUGUUGGCAGGGGGGGUCUAGUCAGUAUACUUGUUAAAAAUACUAAUAAUAGUCUAUAAUGGUGCAUCUCAGACACCUGAUGUCAGUCACAGACUGAUUUCCCUGUGUGCAGAUUUCAUGGGAGCAAAGUGCCAAGGCCCACGCAGGGUGCAAGGUCCAGGCAGAAGUCCAAGGCACAGAAAGAAGGGUAAAGCCUUUCUAGGACAGGACUGAGCUGAUUGUGAAGCGUUCUGUGACCUGCAGACGUGCAUUAAAAAGCUGAUGAGGGUGUAGGGAAGAGUGGUGAAGCUUCAGAGGGCAGAGGGGCUGUGCUCUUCAGGGUGAGACACUGAACACUGCCUGCUGGAGAGCAGCAAGGGAGGCUUUGGGAGGCUUUGCUGCAGAGCAGAAUUGGCCUCAGAAAUUGGAUCGUCAAUUCCAGGCCUGCAGGCAGAGGUAUUCCAGGCCUUCCUGGAACCAAACACUAAGGGAUUUCCACCCCACACAAGCAGAACUGUGUGAUGUUACAAUGACAACCUGUGUUUCCUGCAGCUCUCAAAAAAAGUGCUCAGGAAAGCCUGAGGGAAUCUAAUUUUGUAAAUGAGGACUCUAAAGUAUCUUAUACUGAACAAAACCUUGUAUUUUUCUUCUGUGAAGAGCUGUAUCUCUUUGUUCUGGGGUGGGGGGGAUUUCUUACAUUUUAAAUAAAACCACAUGAAAUAAUAAAAGCACAAGGGCACAACUUGUGCUUUUUUUUUUUUUUGUUCCCACACUGCACUGUGCUGAGCACCUGCCCCAGGACACACUGCAGGAACCAGGAGUGGGAGCAGCAGAAGGAAAAGUGAGUGUCCAGAGGGGCAGGAGGAUGGGCUGGACCCAGGUUUUUCUUUUUGUUUUAAUGUUCUUACCAAGCAUUAACUUUUUGACUUGAGUGUAGUAACAGUGUGUGUAUAUAUCCCCAAAAAAUCCCUGUUGAUUAAAAUCCUCUCACUGCAGUUUAAAAGCACAACCUGAUGAGUGAAGUGGACACCUGGAGGGGGCACAGACACGCCAGAGCAGGACCACGUGCUCUGCAAACCACGAGAGAGGCCGGAGUACACAGUAAAAGCCAGUAUCUUUACUUUAGUGAAUGCAGGAUACAAAUAUUUUACAACAACCUCUAGCAUUUUUUCUUAACCAUUUGAUAAAAAGUUCACUAGAAUAUUUAUUGUAUAUUGAAGAAAAAACAACACAUUCAGGGAAAAAAAUUGAGAUUAACUUAUUUUUUUUUUUCUUAAAAGAUUCGUCUCAAGGAUGGCAACAAAGUCCAGCUUGUGCCGCCAAACGGCUUAUCAGCAUUAAACCGUGAACAGCUUCUUUGUGAACUGUUGACUUACAAACAUUUACCAAAUACAUAAAUCUCUUUUAAAAAAGCCAUUUUAAAUAUAGCAAAGGCAGGUUUCUCUUGCACAGCAAAGUGAAGAAAGGUUCUACUAAGAUUUAAAAUGUUUACAUUGGUUAAGUCUUUCUUUCACAUUCGGAUUUCACUUCUGCCCAGGAUCAAUUGUUAGGAGUUGUUUGUUCCUUAUUUACUAUGUAUUUCUUGUGCGCACAGUAACUCGGAGUUCCUGCUGCAUAGUGUCCUUGAGGGGAGGGCAAGGCAAAGCAGUUCUGACGAGUCCCCUGACAACGGGCGUUCCCAAAACUACCGUGAGAGCUCGAGGAUGGAGGUGAUUUGUCACAACAGAGCUAAAAAUCUUAAAUCACUCAGACCUGACUGGGUUCAGCCCAGGGUUGGAUCCACUUGCACUUCAGUCAGCAGAGAGAGAGAAUUUUAAAAAAGUAUUACUAUCUCUUUUUUUCACCUGUUGAAAUAUCUGUGCUAUGUCAUAAUUAUUUUUUUUUUAUAAAACAUUUUUUUUUUUACAAUUUCUAAAAAAGUAUGUUCCAAAGUGAGUUACUUGUUACUAAAAACCAGGAUUCCCAUUUCCUCGAUGGCAGGAGCUGCUCCCCAAGACGGGAGGGCUGUGGAAGGACAUUUCUGCCGUGGCUGGGGCAGCACAGGGCCAGUCCCCAGCCCGGCUCUUUAGAACUGAUUCUUUAAUACUCUUUUUUAAUUCAUUGGUGCAAUUUCAAUACAAACUCUAACCCUUGUGUAGCUUUGUCUUUAAGAAAACAGUAAUAGUACUGUUUAAAAACCUGCAUAGAAAUAAAGACUAUUGAGAUACAGUCAGCAAAGCCAUCUGAUAAGGCACACAAGAAAAUAGACAGUAAAUGUGAAUGCAGAACUCCCACUCGGAUGUACAGCAAAGGUCAUACAGGUGCAUAAAUCAUGGAACUCACACCACUGGUCGGAGCAGCAAAAGGGGCAGGGGCUGGCAAGUGAAUUUGGUCACCUGGAGCACAGGGGGCUGGGGAACGAGCCCCCUUUGCCCUCAUGCCCUGUCAGCCAAGUACCAUCCCAAACCAAUGGGAUCCAGGUCCAAGGAAGGGGCAGGAAGGGACUGGAGCCUGUGUGGGUUUCCCGCUGCCACGAGAGGGGAUGGGCUGGAGGCCGCAGGUACCACCUGCUCCCCCUCUCCCAGCUCCUGUCACAGCAUGGGGGGACUUGGAAUUACACAGAAAUAAAGCCCAAGCAAAGGUUUAAUAAAUAUCAGGGAUAACCACGAAGUUUGGAUAAUCCCACUGCAGUUCCUCCCUGGCACCAGCACUGCCAGCCUGUCAGUGACCGGGACAGGCAGGAUCACGGCCCCAAAUCCAACACGAAACCUGCUCCCAGCCAGGCUCACAGCACAAGGGGGCUCUGGAUCCCUCCUUCUAUUUCUUGGAAGCAGCAAAUUUUCCCAAACCACUUGCCAACUCACAAAACCUUUUGUGCUCCUCUGAUAUGUGUCAUUUCCCUAUCAUGAGAAAUUAGGUCAAGUUUUUCCACUGGUUUUUUUUUUUUCUCCCUCCUCAGAAGAGGCAGCUUUAAAAUGAUGCCUUAAAAUGUGUUGUAACAGAUUUUUUAUAUUUAUGCAGGAUGAAACUUAACACCGGAUUUUUUUUUUUUUUGCCACUUUGCUAUUUAUAUAGCAUAUAUAUAAAAUGUAUAAUGAAGCUUAACCAUACAGCACAGAGAUUACAACUGAACGGCACACAUUCACCACCAGUGAGGGGGCCAACCCCUUUAUACACCCUCUGAAAAAUCUGGAUAAUAAUAUUAAUAAUAAUUAAAAUCCAAAGAAAGUACAGUAUAUUUAACAAAAUAGUAAAUAUUAAACAGUGAAUACUCUACUUAAUAAGGACCUCGCCUUGUUUCAAGUUGGCGUCAAUCCACAAAAAUAUACUUUUUAAUCUGGUGACCGUACAAUACAUAGGUACUUACACCAAAGGUGAUAAUAUAUUUAGGAUGCUAUAUACACAAAGAGUUUGGCUCAAAUUUAAAUUUACAUAUAAGUGUUCAUGGCUUAUUUUUCCCCCAAGGUUCCGCCUGCAAGUUUUUCCUUUUCAUCUUUGAAAGCAAAAACUAGAAAGUCAAAAUAAGAUAAAACUAUACUCUACAAAAAAGCUACAACAUACAGCUUUGGCUUAUAUAAAUAAUUCAUAGCAGAAUGUGUUCAAAAGUACUGUAUAUAACUUUAUAUAUAGUCUUCAAUUCAUUAGGGUAUUGUUUUCUUUAAUAUAAAAUAUACAUGAGCUAAAAUCCGUUUCUAUAUUUUUCAAAGGUAUGAACGUAAAAACAAAUUUGUCAAACAUAUUCCAAUUAUAACUUAAUAUAUUAAUUUUAUUUUGUUAAUGUUCUAUUUUCUAGGCUAAUAUUUUCUGAAUAUUUCAUGCGAGUUCUCUAUGUCUUUCACUCAUUAAAAAAAUCACUUCUUUGACCCAA